AGCUUUGCAAAAUGAGCGUCUGACUGCUUUGCGCAUCUCCACUUCGCAUCCAGCUCUGCCAUCUCGCCCCCACACCCCCACCCACCGGUAUAUUCCUCCUCCGCGACGACUACAUUCUUGGAAGAGGAUAAAAAAAAAGGGCGCGUCUCCGGCGAGCGGGACUCAGAGUUGAUCCGGGCCGCGCAAGCGUCGACACCGUUUUUGGGAACGCGCUCACCCGCUCGCUUGCCUGCCGCCGAACGGGGCCAGUGUUGCCGUCGACGGCACCAUGGACAACAUCACCGCCGCGACGGCAGCUGACUUCGAGUCGGCAGAAGCAACCUUUUUCCGCCGCGAUCCGCGCACCGUCGAGUGGGCCCUAGUGGGCAGCAAGCAGUUCAUCGUGUUACUUCUGGCGGCCUAUGUCUACAUCGUCAAGGUCGGCGGGCCGCGGUUCAUGAAGGACCGCAAACCGUACGACGGCGUCAAGCCCCUGAUAGUGAUCUACAAUGCGACCAUGGUGCUCCUCAACUGCUACUUUGUGGUGGCCUUCCUGUCCAAGACGUACCUCGGCGGUGGCUACAGCCUCUUGUGCCAGGGAAUCGACUUCGAGGCACGGGACGAGAGGACCAUGAGCAUGCUGUCUCACGUGUGGUGGUACGUGAUGGUGAGGAUCGCCGACUUCCUGGACACCAUCUUCUUCGUGCUGCGCAAGAAGGACUCGCACAUAUCCGUCCUUCACGUCGUGCAUCACGUCCUUGUGGUCUUCAACGGCUGGUUCGGUCUCGCGUACGGCGCAGACGGCCACGUCGCCUUCGGCAUCAUCUUCAACAGCUUCGUGCACGUAGUCAUGUACUCGUACUACUUCUUAUCUCUGAUGGGACCGUCGGUGCAGAAGUACCUGUGGUGGAAGCGAUACCUCACCCAGUUCCAGCUGGCUCAGUUCGUAAUACUGUUUUUCCACAUGACUAUCCCACUGUUCAUCGACUGCGGCUACCCUUUGGCACAGAUGUUCAUUACACUGCCGCAGGGGGUGUUCUUCUUCGUCAUGUUCAUGAACUUUUACAUCAAAAGUUACUGCAACCGAAAAAGGCCCACUCAUCGCGUUGAAUCCAAGAGUAAAGCUCAGUGAGUACCACCCAUAUAGGACUUUAAAACGUAGCGCAGGCGUGUGUAGUCGAGUCCCGAUUUUGUUCAUGUGAACGCAAGUACGUAGUUUGUCCCACCGGUAUUGUAAGUAAAGUAAAAAAAAAAAAGGCUUGCGACAGUUAAUAAACAUCGUUUAGCUUUGAUUGGCAGAAACUUGUAUUAGCUACUAAAGAACGACUAUACUUUCUUGUAUAAAGAGGCUAAUGCCAUUUUAUUCGUUAGUCCGUCUCUGCUUAUCACGUAAUUGACGCAGUAGUUGGAUUGAGCGACGUCUGCAUGUUGUAGUCAUCGUGAAACAUUGUACACAACUUGCGUUCACGCACCCGCAUGUCACGGCUAGAGCCACCUUGAACAGAAUCACAUUAUAGAGUGAUAAACGGCUGAGAACGUAUCUGAGCAAUGUGAUUACAGGCUGCAAAAUAGUGACUCCUGUUGUAAUAGAGUCCCCAAUUACUUUUCUAAGUCACCUGCUGAUGUGCGCAUACGAUCCCGAACUGUGCAAUUCCUUAAUUGAAGCCAAAUGACAACGUCACUUAACAGAAGUUAUGCGACGGCCUUGCUCUUUCGGAGACCCAUUGCUGCAAAGUGUGUGCAAAAAAGUGAGCUAUUUUGGGCAUCACUUCAAGUCAACGAGCCGACGAUAACUGUGAUCAACGGUUUCCUAUCACGUUGCGCUCAUCUGGGCUGCGAUGUCACCUGGUAAGCGUGGAUGAAGACAUUUGGUCCUGCUUUGGCCAUGAGCUGGAACCUCUCUGUGUACAUAGAAUGACUGUAAAUAAAUCCAGUUUUUAUUUACUGUAGU